AACUAGUCAAUUGAAACAAACAAAACACAAUGCAACCGAACACAAAGCUAACACAACUAUGCCAAAUCUUAAUGGUAACAAUAGUAUUUGCAUCAAAUGAAUCAUUUUGUACAUCCCUACCCGGCUGCAAAUCCACAUGUGGAGAUGUCGAAGUUCCAUAUCCAUUUGGUAUAUCGAAUUCAUCAAUACCAAAUCAAGGACCUUGUUUCAUAGAGUCGAAUGAAUCCAAAUUUAAUCUCACAUGUGAAAAUGACACAAAAUUAUUCUUGUGGAAUUUACCAGUUUCGAACAUAAGCUUCCUCGAAGGACAAAUUGAAAUUUCGACUUUGGUCUCCAUAUAUUGUGAUAGCAAUCAUUACAAUCAUCCCUAUCUAAAUAUUCCUGAUGGGUUCGUCAUAUCACCCAAAGAAAACAAGUUCAUAACAGUUGGUUGUGAUAAUUACGGUUAUCUCAACAGUGUUGACAACAACGAAAUAUAUUCGACCGGUUGCUUAACAAGAUGUCAUGGUAAUCGAAACAGAAUUCAAAACGGAACAUGUUCCGGUAUUGGUUGUUGUCAAGCUGAUAUUCCACCUAUGAUGAGGAAUAUAACUAUAGAAGCUUUUCGUUUUGAAAAUUCCACGGAAACUGUCGGGUGUGGCAAUUCAUUUAUUGUUAAAGAUGGAUCGUAUAAUUUUUUAGUUUCUCAUUUGGAUUAUUUUCCUUAUGCGAGGCUUCCAAUGAUUAUUGAUUGGAGUGUUGGAAGUAAAAAUUGUAAGGCUUCAAAGGGUGAAGAUGAUUAUGCUUGCAAAAAGAAUAGUGAUUGCUUUGAUGAGGAAAUUGAUUUUGGUUACCAAUGUAAAUGUAACAAAGGUUAUGACGGAAACCCUUAUCAUCCAGAUGGCUGCAAAGACAUCGACGAAUGCAAGACAUCAAAUAACACAUGCAUAAGUGAAAAACAUUGUCGCAACACCGAAGGGAGUUACGAAUGCUUUUGUCCAGAUGGACAAUCUGGAAAUGGAACAUUGGCAGGAGGGUGUAAUAGACGAGAUCUUAUUACUAAGAUUGCUAUUGGAACAAGUGCUGGACUCAUUGUCCUAUUUGUGUUGAUUUCAAUUCUAUACUUGACAUACCAAAAAAGGAAACUCAUCAAACUAAAGCAAAAAUUCUUUCAACAAAAUGGAGGUUCCAUUUUGCUACAACAACUAUCUACAAGAGAAGACACAUCGCAGUCGGCUCAAAUAUUCACGGAAGAGGAACUUAAGAAAGCAACCAAAAACUAUGACGAAAGCUUAAUUAUUGGUAGAGGAGGUUUUGGCACGGUUUUCAAAGGUAUUUUACCGGACAACAAAAUCGUCGCUGUAAAAAAAUCCAAAAUAAUAGACGCAGAUCAAAUAGAACAAUUCAUCAACGAAGUAGUUGUUUUGUCCCAAAUAAAUCAUAGGAAUGUCGUCAAACUCUUAGGAUGUUGUUUAGAGACCGAAGUUCCUUCCUUGGUUUAUGAAUUCGUUAGCAACGGUACACUUUUUGACUUCAUACAAAGUACUAAAGAUAAAGCAAAUAAUCCAACAUGGAAAACACGUUUAAGGAUAGCAGCUGAAACAGCUGGAGCUUUAUCGUAUCUACAUUCCGCUGCUUCAAUACCAAUUAUUCAUAGAGAUGUCAAAAGUACUAACAUUCUCUUGGAUGAUAAUUACACUGCAAAAGUUUCCGAUUUUGGAGCUUCAAGAUUGGUUCCACUUGAUCAAACCGAGAUAGCAACAAUGGUGCAAGGAACUCUUGGAUACUUAGAUCCGGAGUAUAUGCAAACACAUCAAUUAACCGAGAAAAGUGAUGUUUAUAGCUUUGGCGUAGUUCUUGCAGAGCUUUUAACAGGAGACAAACCUCUUACUUUUAAUCGCCCGGAAGAGAGCAUUAGUCUUUCUAUGCACUUUUUAUCUUGUUUAAAACAAGAUAAAAUCUUUGAAGCUAUUCAAGUUGGAGUUUUGAGUGAUGAUAACAAGAAGGAGAUUAAUGAGGUUGCUAUUCUUGCUGCAAGGUGUAUGAGACUAAGAGGCGAUGAAAGACCUAGUAUGAAGGAAGUGGCUAUGGAGUUGGAUGGUAUAAGGUUGGAGAAGCAUCCUUGGAAUGAUGCAGAACUAAAUUUUGAGGAGAGUCAACGCUUGCUUCAUGAAGCAUCUUGUAGCAUUUAUAAUGAAACUGGUGAUAGCUAUUAUCUUGGAAAUACUAUUGGGUUUGAUAGCUUGAGGGAUCAACCAUUGAUUGCCUAUGAUGAUGGAAGAUGAUUUGUGACAUGUCAAAAAAUAUAUACUCCUA